AUGGUGGCCAAGUGACACAAUUCAUCCAACUGACUUUGCCUGCGCUGCGCCUACUGAACCUGACCUUAGCUGAUUCUUACUAACUUACCACUCGAACUCAUCCUAUUUUACUCCGUAGUGAGCCAUUCUUUUUCAGCUUUGCCUUUUUGCUCACCUGUCUCUUCAUUACAUCUUUCCACUUCCUCUUCGUCUCACCGAAAACUCUUUCGUCCUUCCACCACACACUCGUAUCUCCUCAAGACCAGUCACAUCACAAGUUCCAUCCUCAGGUCCCAAUCUCACCAUGUCUGGACCAUACGACAACUACUCCGGCUACGGUCAACAGUCCCAGUACCCUCAGCAGGGCUACGGCGGCGGUGGCUACCCUCCUCAACAGGGUUACGAUCAAGGUGGCUACGGCCAGCAGCAACAACAAUCGUACCCUCAACAAGGCUACUCACAAUACCCUCAGCAAGACCAAAACUUUGGCCCCCCUCGCCGUCAAGACUCCUUCGGCCCUCCCCAGCAGGGUGGAUUCCAGCACGGUCAGGCUGGUGGCCAAUACGGUGCCUACGACGCCUCUAACCCCCAAGGUCACGCCGGCUACUACGGUCAAUCUCAAGGCCAGGGUCAAGGCUACGGCAGCAACGAUGCCUACGCUCAGAACCAAGCGUACCAGCAACAGAUGGGGGGCCAGGGUGGCCAACAACCAGACAUCAGUCAGCACCAGUUCUCCCCUCAGUCCAGCGACCCCAAUGCCCCAAAUUACGACGCAAACGCUCCUCCCAUGAACGAAUCCGACAGGGGUCUUUUGGGUGCCGUCGGUGGCGGCUUCGGAGGCCACUUCAUGGGCAAGAAGGCGGGCCACGGUUUUCUCGGAACAGUCGGCGGUGCCAUAUUGGGUUCGUUGGCUGAAGAUUUCAUCAAGGACAAGAAGAAGACAAACAACAGCUCUCAAAGCAGCUGGGGUGGAGGCAGAUACUAGACAUCUCCAUGGUCAGCUGCAUGAAUGAAUGACUGCAUUCUGCUUACUCGAAGGGUGGAAAAUGGUAUUGGUGGCAAGAUUGCUUGGAUCCUAUCACGACAACCUCAUGACCAGUUUUCUUUCUCUGUUUUUCCGUUUUUCCGUUUCUCGAGAAGCCCCCAGUGAGCAUCAUGGGAUCAUUUACCAUUUUGCGGGAUGGGCACCUGAUCGUGCCUAGGAAAGGGAAGCUAAGGGAUUCUUUAGACUGGACCUCGAAUUUUAUACUUGUUCAUUUGUUCAUGAACACACACAUGACGAAACGCAUUCAUCCAAUACCUCAAGUAUCAACCGAAUCUUGCUCCAACUCUACAAUUCCCCAGUAAUAUAUGCUACAUGUGCGCCCUGAUCUCUUCUUGACCUGUAAUUUCCCCACCACCGGCACUGGCAUCCUGUUGUUUGGAGG